UCCCUCACUUGUUUAUUCCCAUAAAUCAUUUCUUUAUUCUCUUCAAUUUCAAUUCCAAUACAAAAAGGACUAACAACUAUACAUAUACAUAUACAUACAUAUAUACAAAGUGGUUUCUUGAUUUUUAUUUAAUAUUUGUUUCUUGUUACAAGGAAGCAAGAUCACACACCAUAAAGUUGAUUCCUUUUCAGUAUAUUUGAUGUGCGUGGACUGUAAGAUAAUACGUAUACUACUUCGAGAAAAUAUGUUGGGUAUAUGGGCUAAGUAUAUCAAGAUUUGACUGGAAGUGAACUGGUCAUAUCGGAAGAUAUAUGAGACUGUUAUACUUUAUGUACAUAGUGGGACUUUUGUAGGAAUGCGUCCUUUGUUAAUUCACGGGUACCUAUCUUGGUGCAUUCUUGCUGGACAUAUAUACGUAAUUACGUUUUCUCUGAGUUCGGGUCAAUAUGAAAGAGAUAUCACUCUAGAGUAUGGAAUUACAACUUCAAAAUAUACAGAAAGAUUAUUCAAUAGUUCUCCACCAUUGUCGUAUAAUGAGAUAUCUUGUGAACAGCUGGGAGGAGUGGGAUCAUAUGAUACUACAUGCUUACUGAAUUCGAAUGUUAAUAUAAGUUCUGAUAUUUAUGUAUUGGCCAGUGGAAAUAUUGAGAUUCUUCCUAGUGUUGUGAUUGUUUGCCCCAUAGAAGGUUGUGUAAUUAGCUUCAAUCUCUCUGGGAACAUCAAAGUUGGACAAAAUUCUGCAAUCAUUGCUGGUUCGGUCAUUUUUUCUGCCGCUAAUAUGACUAUGGAAUCUAAUUCUGUGAUAAACACCACAGCUAUGGGUGGAGCACCGCCUUCUCAAACUAGUGGCACUCCGGUAGGGUAUGACGGUGCUGGUGGAGGGCAUGGUGGCCGAGGGGCCUCCUGUGUUAGGAUUAAUGAUACGAAGUACUGGGGUGGUGAUGUGUAUGCUUGGUCUACUUUGCCAUAUCCAUGGAGUUAUGGGAGCAAGGGUGGUGGGUCGUCAGAUGAACAUAAGUCUGGGGGGAAUGGUGGUGGACGUGUUAAGCUUAUUGUGGCAGAUGUACUGUAUAUGAAUGGAUCUUUGCUAGCGGAAGGAGGGAAUGGUGGACUAGAUGGUGGUGGUGGAUCUGGUGGAAGCAUCGUCAUACAUGCUUCAAAAAUGAAGGGAUUUGGUAUGGUAAGUGCAUCUGGAGGCAAUGGAUGGGGUGGAGGUGGUGGAGGCAGAAUUUCUCUAGACUGUCACAGCAAACAAGAAGACAUAAAAGUCCAAGUCCAUGGUGGUCAGAGUAUUGGUUGUCCAAUUAAUGGUGGAGCAGCAGGUACUUGUUUUGAUGCAUACCUACUAAGCUUAAGAGUUGACAACAACAAUGUCACCACAGAAACAGAAACUCCUCUACUCGAUUUUUCCACUAGCCCUCUCUGGACAAAUGUUUAUGUUGAAAAUGAUGCAAAAGUUUUGGUGCCCUUACGUUGGAGCAGAGUUCAGGUGAGAGGCCAGAUUAAACUAGCGUGUGGUGGCAGCAUUAUCUUUGGGCUGUCUGAUUAUCCAGUGUCUGAGUUUGAGCUUGUUGCAGAAGAACUUCUUAUGAGUGAUUCAAUAAUAAAAGUGUAUGGCGCGCUUAGAGCUACUUUCAAAAUGGUGCUCAUGUGGAAUGCCCAAAUUGAAGUUGAUGGUGGUGGGAGCACACUUUAUACCAUUUCUGUCCUUGAAGUUCGUAACCUCAUUGUUCUGCGGGAAAACUCGAGCAUUAACUCAAAUACAAACUUGGCUGUUUAUGGUCAAGGACUUCUUAGACUGAGUGGUGAGGGUGAUGCAAUCAGAGCUCAAAGACUAUCUCUUUCACUAUUUUAUAACAUAACUAUUGGUCCGGGUUCUGUACUUGAAGCUCCUUUAGAUGAUGAUCACAGUAAAACCAUUGCAACCAAGAGUCAUUGUGAGAAUCCGACAUGCCCUAGAGAUUUGAUUUAUCCGCCCGAUGAUUGUCAUGUUAAUGAUACUCUUUCAUUUUCACUACAAAUUUGUCGUGUUGAAGACAUAGUUGUGAGUGGAAUCAUUAAGGGGAGUAUCAUUCAAAUCCACAGGUCAAUGAGCGUCACUGUGGACCCAGAAGGCAUCAUAACUGCUUCUGAAUUAGGUUGUAGAAAUGGUUUUGGUCUGGGAAACUAUUCAAAUGGAGCUGGUGGUGGUGCUGGUCAUGGCGGUAAAGGUGGUACAGGAUUGUACCAUGGAAGGUUGAGUGAAGGUGGUGGCACGUAUGGUAAACCCGAUCUUCCUUGUGAGUUAGGAAGUGGAACUCUCGGCCCUAAUGAGUCUAUUGGACGCGUUGCUGGUGGAGGAAUGAUUGUGAUGGGAUCUAUUAUAUGGCCUCUUUCAAAGCUCGAAAUUUAUGGAUCCAUGAGGGCGGAUGGUCAAAGCUAUGGAAAGGCAACCACAACCAGUAAUGGUACUCUGAUUGGAGGAUUAGGUGGUGGUUCUGGUGGAACUAUUCUUCUUUUCAUACAAGCAAUUUCCCUAUAUCAUAAAUCUUCUUUAUCUGUUGCCGGAGGUCAUGGCGUCCCCCUUGGUGGUGGGGGUGGUGGUGGUGGUAGAGUUCAUUUCCACUGGUCCAAAAUUGGGGCUGGAGAUGAAUAUGUUCCUCUUGCAAUGAUAAAUAGUACCAUCAGCACAUGGGGUGGUGAAGGGGAUGGAGAGGCUCUUCCUGGAGAAGAUGGUACAAUUACCGGGAAAAAAUGUCCUAAAGGUCUUUAUGGUAUUUUCUGCGAGGAAUGUCCAGUUGGCACUUACAAAGAUGUUGAAGGCUCUGAUGAUGAUCUAUGCACUCCUUGCUCACUUGAAACACUUCCCAGACGUGCAUCCUUUGUUCAUGUUCGAGGUGGAGUGUCAGAGUCAUUUUGUCCAUACAUAUGUAGAUCAGAAAAGUACAAGAUGCCAAACUGUUAUACACCUCUUGAAGAGCUUAUAUACACAUUUGGAGGGCCAUGGCCUUUUGCUCUUUUGUUGACAUGUGUUGUGACUCUUCUUGGCCUGCUUUUAAGUAUGCUCCGGGUCAAGCUUGUCGGUCAAACUUUCUUUUAUGACAAAGUUGAUUCAGUUGACCACAAUAAUCACAACCAUUUUCCUUCUCUUCUGUCCCUAUCUCAGGUGCGGGGAACAAGAGCUGAUGAAACUCAGAGCCAUGUCUACCGAAUGUACUUUAUGGGCCCCAAUACAUUUAGAGAACCCUGGCAUCUUCCUUACUCCCCUCCUGAUGCAAUCAUUGAUAUUGUAUAUGAAGAUUCCUUUAACAGAUUUAUUGAUGAGGUAAACUCAGUGGCUGCAUAUGAUUGGUGGGAAGGGUCAGUCCACAGUAUACUUUCAUUGCUUGCUUAUCCUUGUGGCUGGUCAUGGAAACAGUGGCGUAGAAGAUAUAAGAUCAAUCAGCUUCAGGAGUUUGUCAAGUCUGAAUACGACCAUUCUUGUCUUCGCUCCUGCCGAUCAAGAGCUUUAUAUAAAGGGAUGAAGGUUGGUGCAACACCUGAUUUGGCUGUUGCAUAUAUCGAUUUUUUCUUGGGUGGCGAUGAGAAGCGAUUAGACAUGGUAGCAAGUAUUCAAAAAAGGUUCCCAAUGUGCAUAAUUUUUGGAGGAGCUGGAAGCUACAUGUCGCCAUAUAAUCUUCACAGUGAUACCUUGCUCACAAAUCUUAUCGGACAGCAUGUCCCUUCAUCCGUCUGGAAUCGAUUGGUAGCUGGUUUGAAUGCCCAGUUGAGAACCGUGAGAAGUGGAUCAAUACGGUCCGCUUUAGUUCCUGUUAUUAAUUGGAUAAAAACUCAUGGAAAUCCUCAACUUGACUUUCAUGGGGUCAAAAUUGAGCUCGGAUGGUUUCAAGCCACUGCCAGCGGUUUCUAUCAGUUGGGUAUAUUGGUAAUUGUAGGCGAUGAAUCUCUUGACAACCUCCACCACCCUGAUUUGAUAGAAAAUAGUCAGGAAUCGCCAAGGCAUAUGGUGGCUGUUUCAGAGAAUAGUCCUAAGCAGGUUCAACCGAGUCAAUCAUAUUCAAGUCAAGCAUUAAGUCGUAAAAGGGUAACAGGUGGACUUAAUGGUGGUGUCAUCAAUGAAGCAUCCUUGAAGUCCUUGGAGUUUCAGAAAGAUUAUUUCUUUCCAUUUUCUUUAUUCUUGCACAACACAAGACCUACAGGGCGGCAGGAUACAUUACAGCUGCUGAUAUGUAUCUUGCUUCUGUCGGAUCUAUCUGUCACCCUCCUUAUAUUAGUUGAGUUCUAUUGGAUCUCUCUUGGGGCAUUUCUAGCCGUUUUGCUUAUUCUCCCCCUAUCUUUGCUUUCUCCAUUCCCAGCGGGUUUGAAUGCAUUAUUUAGUAGAGGCCAUAGAAGGGCUUCACUUGCUCGAAUCUAUGCACUGUGGAACGCUACUUCCAUUUCAAACAUUGCUGUGGCAUUCACAUGUGGCAUGAUUCAUUAUGGAUUUUUGUCAUUCCAGACAUACGAAGAGCCAAAAGCAUGGGAAAACAGGAGUGAGGAUGAUUAUUGGUGGUUGUUACCAACACUGCUGGUGCUAUUCAAGGUGAUCCAAGCGCGGUUUGUGGACUGGCACAUAGCAAAUCUAGAAGUUGAAGAUUUUUCUCUUUUUUGUCCUGAUCCUGAUACCUUUUGGGCGUAUGAGACGAGUUUAUGAAAUACGCGCACACUUUUUGCAGUUGGCUAUAUAAAGCUUUGACAUGACAGCUUCUUGGAUGUACAUAAUGUAGAAAGGUGGUGGUAUAUUCGUGUACAUUUGUUUACUAGUCUUUUAAGUUUUUUGUGAGUAAUCUUAGAGAGAGAUAGGUUGAUGGUAUAUAUAGAUUGGAGAGCGAGAAAGAGAUUAUAAAACCAAAGAAUUUUUGGUACACCAGUAGAAUUUUUACUCUAAAGGUGACCAUUGCAAGAUUGAAAUUUGAAGUUCUGUUUUCAGCUCA